AGCCGCAUUCUCGCCGGCGCACACCGCCUCCAGUGUUACUAACAGUCAGCGAGUGUCCGUCAGUCGCACUCCUCGCUCCAAGCAUGCUGCACACCAACGACGGCGGCUCCGCUUUCCAUUGCUUAAUAUCUUCUGUUCAUUCCAUUUGAUACACUAUAAAAGACAUGGUGCUCAUCGCGAUCUACUCAUUAUUCGUCGUUGUGCUGGAUUUAUUCGCCCUCCAGUUCAAGCUCAUUUUUUCAAUCAUCCACACAAUCUUCAGAAUUGUUCGGCCGCCAAAGGAAAAAUCUUUGAAAGACGAGAACAUUCUGAUAACCGGCGCCGGUCAUGGAAUUGGGCGCGAACUGGCGCUCCAGUUAGCAGGCCUUGGUGGCCGCUUGGCCCUGUGGGACAUCGACGCGGCCAGGUGUGAGGAAACGGCCAAAGAGGUCAGAGCAAAGGGUGGCAGGGCGGUCCACUACUCUUGCGACAUAUCGGACCGGACGCAUGUGCUCGAGACUGCUGCUAAAGUGCGCCGAGAAGUCGGUGUCAUUGGACUGAUCAUAAAUAAUGCGGGAAUAGUUCCUAUUCAUCCCGUGCUCGACCACAACCCUCAACAAAUCAAGCGCGUCUUUGAAAUAAACGUCAUCAGUCACUUUUGGAUAUUGGAGGCGUUCUUGCCCGACAUGAUUGCAAACAACCACGGCCACGUUUGUGCCAUCGGCUCCAUGACCUCUCUAGUCGGAUCGGCCAAUUUGGUGCCAUACAGUGCGACCAAAUUUGCCGUCAGAGGUCUGAUGCAGGCGUUGGGCUCGGAGCUUCGGGAAGACGCACGCCGUCCCAACAUUCACCUGACGACCGUGCACCCGUUCAUUGUGAACACCGGCCAGGUGCAGCGACCUCGUCUUCGCUUCCCUCGUCUCUUGGGAGUUCAAAGACCCGAGUACGCCGCCCAAGAGAUCAUCAAAGCGAUCCGCCGCAACGAGAGGGAGGCCAGCGUGCCCGGCUGGCUGCUGCCCCUGCACAACAUUGUUCGGUCCCUGCCCCUGGAAACAUUCAGCCUGCUCAAAGACUUCAUGGACUCUGGAGCCGAAGCCCAUGACGCAGCGUGGCGCGGUGACGCACUCCGCCCGCACAUUGUGCGCCAACACUCGACGCCAGCCCUCAUCGGUAACAACUCAGCCAGCAAACACCUCCACAAAAACGGAUUCCACAGACCGAUUCUUAAUCUCAGGAAUCAACAGUCGCGCUUCAUGAUGAACGAUUUGGGGCUGCACGGCAACAGCAUCAUCAAUAACAAGGAAAUAAUCACAGAGCCCGCCAAGUAGUGAUCAGAAAUUGUUAAUUGUUGUACAAAAGCGCGCCACGAAAAUUGAUUGAUAUUGCUUACGCAGGGACUGCAAACUUUAUGAAAUAAUAAACUGUACAGUGCAUUCUUUUUUUCUAAUAAAUAUAACCGUGAGUUUUAGUA